GAGGAGCCUGAAGCUCAGGAAAGAAGCAGAUGAUAUGGCAGCUUUGAGAGCGACCAGGUGGAACUUGUUUUGUUCACACGGCUAAAUCUUUGAUUAUGAAAACACGUUGACUCCGUAACGUCAGCUGCGCGACAUGAUUUACUUAAUAUUGAUUUCCGCUAUCUCCGGAGCGGUGCUGACGUUGGUGUUACAGUUCCUGCUGAUAUACCGGAGAAGCCCUGAGCCCGUAGGCAGGACAGUGCAGUAUGUCAAAGUAGUGCCUGAUAACGCAUUGAAGGAUUACUUUAAUACCCAACAUGCCGAACCAGGCCAUCAGCAGCAGGACAGCACAGCAUCUGCUGCAUCGAAGCAGCAAGAGGCCGCCUCAACACGGCAGCAGGAAGCGGCUGUCACCGGCGGCAGCCCAAAACAACAGCCGCCACCGCCUUCUCAAAGCGAGCCCGGAGAUGCGGCCAAACCUGAAACGUGCAAUUUCCUAAAUGCUAUAUUUCUGUUCUUAUUCAGGGAGCUCAGAGACACCCCUGUUGUACGACACUGGCUCACCAAAAAGAUCAAGGUGGAAUUUGAGGAGCUGCUGCAGACCAAGACAGCAGGUCGGCUCCUUGAGGGACUCAGUUUAAGGGAUAUAUCUUUGGGCAAUUCCCUGCCGGUCUUUAAAACAGCCAAACUUAUGAAGCCGGUGCAUUUGAACGAGGACGGCAUGCCCGAGGAACUCAACUUUGAAGUGGACAUCGAAUACAAUGGCGGCUUCCACCUCGCCAUCGACGUCGAACUAGUGUUUGGGAAGUCUGCCUACUUGUUCGUGAAGAUGAGACGCGUCGUGGGGAGACUACGGCUGCAGUUCACACGCAUGCCCUUCUCCCAUUGGUCCUUCUCCUUCCUCGAGGACCCGCUGGUGGAUUUUGAGGCGAAGUCCCAGUUUGAAGGAAGGCCGCUUCCUCAGCUCACCUCCAUCAUUGUGAACCAAUUGAAACGGGUCAUCAAAAAGAAACACACCUUACCUAACUACAAGAUCAGAUACAAACCCUUCUUCCCGUUCCAAGUUCAGCCUCCACUGGGUCCAGCUUGUGAUCUGGAUCUGUCAGUCCAGGAUAGCAGGCUGGUAGAAGGCCGGCUCAAAGUAACCCUCAUUGAAUGUAGCAGGCUGUUUAUCCUGGGCUCCUAUGACAGAGAAACCUACGUCCACUGCACCCUGGAGCUGAGCAGCAACCAGUGGAAGGAAAAGACCCGAAGCUCCAUCAAACAGACCGAGGUUGUCAAAGGGCAAUGUGGCAGUGUUGGGAUGACCUUCAGGCAUGUCCCUGCCUCUGAGGGGGAUGCUGUUCAUGUCAGCAUUGAGACAGUCACGCCCAACUCCCCUGCAGCCUUGGCAGACCUGCAGAGGGGUGAUCGCCUCAUCGCCAUUGGAGGUGUCAAAGUGACAUCCUCGGUGCAAGUGCCAAAACUGUUGAAACAAGCUGGAGACAAGGUAGUGAUACUUUAUGAGAGGCCGGUUCGCCACCAGACUUCCUCUUUUGGAAGCCUGGGAACACUUCAGGAAGGGUUUGGGCAGCUCGAGGAAACUGGUUUUAUUUCACAGCCAGGGGGCUAUGAGGAGGACCCAGCUCCCAUCACCACCCUUUCUGACAUAUCUGACAGCAAAGAUAUGGACUCUGAGUUUGAAGAGCUGAUUGUGGACUCCAAACCUAGCCAGACUGGUGGCCCUAUUAGCAGUGUCUCAAAUACAAGUGACAUCAAGGAGGAUUCCUUACUUACAGUAAACCAAAGCCCCAAAAGAACUGUGGCCAACUUGGCCUCUAAGCCCCUUGGUACAAUAUCACCCAUCCUCAACCGCAAGUUAAACCUGGUGGGUCUCCAGUCACCACUAAAACCCCAGCCCAAAGAAUCACCAAAGCCCUCUCCGCAUAAGACUAGUAGUGAUCCGGGCGAGGGUGUGCAGCGCCCCAAUGUCCCUCCCCCACCUCCCCCCUCUCGCCCCCCUGUGCCACCAAGACCUCAAAUAAGGUUGACAUCAGCCUCAUCAGAGACCAGUCUUUUGGAAAGCGUUGAUUCUGUUACAUUGACAAACGCUGCAGUUGCUUCAAACAUUUCCACCACCCCUGCUUCUGAAAAGUCUCCUGAAAAAACUCCUGUAACUGGAGCCAUUGAGGACAAGUCUGGCACUGAGAAAAUAUGUGUGAAACAGUCUGAAGUGAAGCAGUCUACCAGGGCAGCAGAGUCGAGUGAUGAGCUGCCAGUCCCCUCCACUGUGACCACUAGCAACAAGGCCGAUCAAGUAAAGGACAAAGCUUCAGAAAGCUCCUGCAGCACAAGGGACAGUUUGGAGGACCAUUCCCUUUGGGAAUCCCCAGAAACUAUGUUUCGAAACCAGACCUCACGCUGGCAAAAGGCCUCUGUGGUGUUUGAGGUGGAGAGCAACCAUAAGUACCUUAAUGUGGCCCUGUGGUGCAAAGAUCCCUUUAAGCUAGGCAGUUUGCUGUGCCUGGGUCAUAUAAGCCUUCAGCUGGAGCAUUUAGCCCUGGAAUGUAUGGCUACUUCUUCAGCAGAGUACCAGAGCACCUUUAGGUUGGGCCCACCAGAGCCCCGUGCAAAUGUCAGCCGCACUGCGCUACGCAGUUUCAGCACUCACAAGGGCUUCAACGAGAAGCUAUGUUAUGGAGAUGUUACUCUGAACUUUUGCUACUUAGCUGAGGGAGAAUUCGACUAUCCUGUUGGAAUGGCAGAAAGGGAGCGAGAGGGAAGCCUCCAUGAUGAGGAUCUAAGGGAAAGGGAAAGAGAGCAUAUCUCCUCAGCACCACGUGAGGAUUUGGCCUUUAGUAACAUGCAGUUAGUGGAGGUUCGUCACAACUUCCAGGACACCCAGUUCCAGAAUCCCACCUGGUGUGAAUACUGCAAAAAGAAAGUUUGGACCAAGGCAGCCUCCCAGUGUAUGAUCUGCGCCUAUGUUUGCCACAAGAAGUGCCAGGACAAGUGCCUUGCUGAGAAUCCCCUCUGUGUGGCAGCGACUGAACGUCGUGGAGCUGACCCUGAAGCAAAAUCAACUAUAAACAGGGCCACCACUGGCCUAACACGCCAUAUCAUUAAUACCAGCUCUCGUCUGCUCAACCUUCGCCAACUACCAAAGACUCGGCUGGUGGAGCAGGUGGCUGAUGUGGUGCCUGGAGUGGUGGAGCCCUCACCCAAGCAUACCCCCAACACUUCAGACAAUGAGAGCAGUGACACAGAAACCUACACCAGUGGUGCAAGCCCCUCAAAGCAUUCUGUUGGCACUGGUGGCAGCACUAAACUUGUACGCAAGGAAGGUGGGUUGGAUGACAGUGUGUUCAUUGCUGUGAAAGAGAUAGGCCGUGACCUGUACCGGGGGCUGCCUACAGAUGAGCGGUCCCAGAAGCUAGAGUUGAUGCUGGACAAGCUGCAGCAGGAAAUAGACCAGGAGCUAGAGCACAAUAAUGCCCUUCUGCUGGAGGAGAGGGAGGCUAUAGAUGCCCGGCGUAAGGCUCUAAUUAGUACUGCACUGGCAAAGUCUGGGGAGAGACUCCAGGCCCUCACCCUGCUGAUGAUCCACUACCGGGCAGGCAUUGAGGACCUGGAGUCAGUGGAGAGCACCUCUCCUUCAGAGCAGCAAGGCUUUAAAAGCAAAGCAGAAGGUCCAGAGGAAGAGGCCCUGAUGGGGGCCGAGUUGUAUGACAGUGACAUAUGCAGCCCUGUGGAGGUGCAGCUGUUGGAUGACAUUACUGAGGAGCAGAUCUGUGUGGAGGCACUCCACUGAAUUAGACUAGAAAAGAGAAAGAGGAGUGCAGUGGACUUGGGCCUCUAAGGAAAAGAAAUGUCCAGUUUGUAUUCUGAGAUUGGGUAAUUUCAGAAGUCUGUUUUAAAUAUCAAGGAUUUGGGGUCCAGUGUUAAAUGAUUCACAUGUUUUUUUGUUUUUUUUUUAGGUGAAAAAGGGGUUGAGGUAUUUCCUACUAAGGAUUCUUGGUAAACCUGUUAUUGGUGUUUUGAUUUGCACAAUGUGAUGCUGUUUCCAUGCUCUUGGUUUUAAAGGGAAGCUUGAGAGCUAGACUAAUAUCUGCCCUCAGUAGUGCUGCAUGUUUAUCCUCCAGUUUUGUUUUCCUGUAAGCAUUUAAUUCAGUUUGCUUUAUUGUCUGUAACAGCUUUGCCAUAAGGACUUUAGAUACUGAGUACAUUGUUGUGCUCUACCAGUCUGACUCAACUCUUGUGACGGAAAUGUAUUGUUCAAAUCGUUAGCUGUAACAAGCCCAUAUGAAGGUGAACUACUUUAGUCUCUUACAGUGUGAAUACUACCAGGGAAAAGCAGGCUAAGCAGGUUUAGACACCCUGCAAUCGUUAAUACAUAUCUUGUUGUUUUGAGCACUUUGUACUGUAAUACAUUUGGAUUUUAGAAGUGAUUCUCCUUGCUCACAAAGCUCUUUGAGAUUUCAGCAGAUGCGUAAAUAAUAGUGAAAACUUAUAUCGUUUGCUUCUUUUUUGUGGUAUAUUUGUUCGGAUUGGUUAGGCCAAACAUGGUGGACUUUAAAACCUAUAAUUUUUAUUUUUCUCUUGCUUAUUCCUGUUUUGUUCAGAACUACCCAAAAGUAUGUUUACUGUUCAAAACCUUCAUGUGUGCACUUGGGAAAGGCACGUUAUUGACUUAUUGGCUGAUCUCUUUUCGGAUGUUGUGCGGGAGCCCUGAUGAUGUUAUGAUCUUAAUCAUUUAUUUUAAGGGUUUAACAUUUGUAUGUAGAAUUUUAAAGCUUCCAAAAGUUGUUAUCUGAUUAAGUGAAGAUCAUGUUGCUUCAUGAAUUGUUUUCUGACCCCAAUGAAUGUAUGUUCAGCCCUUGCUCUGUUUUGUGUAUAUGCAGCCAUAUGGCACUGCCUUUCCCCCCAUUUCCUUGCAAAAUAUCAAGCAUUAAUGUAGCCUGUUACAGUAAGUCUAUCAUAAGCAGUUUGAGCUCCAAAAUGCUUUGCUGUUCAUCCGUUUUACAACCUCAGAGAGCCACUGGAAAAUAAUUGUUUGUGAAGAUGGAGUAACUUACCAAUGCAUGUCAAAAGGAAAAAUCUACCCUAAAACCUUCUCAAAACCUCUUCUGAUUUGGUGUCCAUCUUCUUGUAUAACUUCACUGUUGUCAGUUGUGAAGUUUGUCAUCCAGUACCAAUUCCAGCAUAAAUACAUUUCAGUUUGUUGGAUGAUACUCAGAUUGAGUUUUAUAACUCUUUCAAAAUACCAAUAACAGUCAGUAGAUUGUUAUAGACAGAAAAUAGACAUUUAGCAAGCAUAAGUGGACCUGCAGACCCCAAACAUGAUGAAAAUAGAUCCAGAAUCCAUCUACUGUAGAGCAAUGGACUUAUUUUGUGUACUUACAGUAUGAAUACGUGCAGGUUAUUAUUUUCUUGCAACACAAAAACCAAUGUACCAACUAACUAAUACUUGAGCAUUAAACAAAAGUUCAGUAUAAGUCAUCAGUGGGUAGAUUUCUCCUUUUAAUGUAGCGCUGUUUCAAAAGGAUGGUUCACGCUAACUGGAAAAGAGUUGUUGUCACCAUACUCAAUGGACGCAAAGGCACAUUUUCUGUACUGUUUUGUGUAAAAGAUGUGUUGCUCAUAUAGAUAUUGGCUUACUGGCUGCUAUACCUGUCAAUUUUUCUCAUUUCUGUAUAACCAGAUUUUUUGUGCAAUAUUUUUGUAAGAAAUGAAGCUGAUAAUCAGGAGUGACUCCCCAUGUCUUCGAUCUCUCCUCCUUUCUCUUUCAAAAUGUGCAGUCUGUAUGCCCAUUUGUCUGGUAAUGUACCCAGUGGGUUUUGGGGACCAAUGAGAACCUGAGUGGAGUCUACCCCUCCUUUGGCCUGAGAAGCACUGCUUUUGUUGUUGCUGUUAUUACAAUGUGCUCUUCAACAGAACUCAUAAUAACACGCUUCUGCCCCCCCCCCCCCCCCCCCCCCCCCCCCCCCCACGCCAGCUCUAACCAGUGAAACUGCACUUAAAAUAUCACCGCCCACCACAGCUUUCACCAGGUCAAGAUGGUGUUCUUUACUUUUUACUUUUUGUGUAUGUGAGGGAUGUUAUACAUGGUUUUUCAGAAGGCCCAUGUGAUGAAGCUUUAUUGUACAUAACCUAAAUAAACAAGCUCAAAUGAA